CCUGCCGGGUUGACGUCAAGUUCAGUCCGCUCCACCCCCACACGUUUUCCUCCUACCGUCGCCGGCCAGCGGUCACCUCCGCCCUCCAGCCAGCCAUGUCGAAGUACGGAACCAUCCCCAUCUCCUCCUCCUCCGAUGCCCCGCCUCCCGGCUCGUCUCCGCUGGACUUCAUCUCCCGGGCCAAGGCCCGCGGCGCGUCGGCACUAGCGACGCGGCAACCCUGGCGUGAGCUCGCCGACCCAAAGGCCAUCGCCUUGCCCCGGGGGCUAGGGGACGCCUACCUCCGCGCCCGCGCCAACCUCGCGCAUUUCUCCAUGAACUACGCCAUCGUGGUCCUCGGCGUCGUCUUCCUCUCCCUGCUCUGGCACCCCUUCUCGCUCAUCGUCUUCCUCGCCUGCAUGGUCGCCUGGGUCUUCCUCUACUUCCUCCGCGACGUCCCGCUCGCUCUCUUCGGCCACACCAUCGGUGACGGCGUCGUGCUCGCCGUCCUCUCGGCCGUCACGCUCAUCCUGCUCCUGCUCACCGGAGCCACCGGCAACAUCCUCACCUCGCUGCUCGUCGGCCUGGUGCUCGUCCUGCUGCACGCCUUGCUGCAUCGCCCCGCGGACAGCAUCGACGAGGAGGCCGGACGGUGGUACACACCCGUCACACCGCCGCCGCCUUACUAGUCUCUGAAUGCUGAGUUGCGCCUUGUAAUCUCGUUGGUUCUUGGUUUGUGAAUUGUGUUCCGUGGCUCGCUGCAAUCCUUAUAAUUGUUUUGUUGAGGUGUAUCGUUUCUUAAUCCAUAUCCGCACUUGUUCAUGAAUAAUACGUGCGAAAUAA